AUGUCGGAGCAGGCUGAGAAGAAUUUCCGGGUGGUCAUUGUGGGAGGCUCAGUCGCAGGCCUGACACUGGCACAUUGUUUGGAACGCACAGGAAUCGACUAUCUUGUUCUCGAGGCAUAUAAGGAUAUUGCGCCUCAGGUUGGCGCAUCAAUCGGCCUGCUACCGAAUGGUAUCCGUAUUCUGGAUCAGCUGGGACUCUGGGAUUCGAUUGCCAGUUUCGUUGAGCCGACGAUUCGAGGCAGCGUCUGGGUAGACAAUGGCAGGCUGCUUCUCAAAGGAGACCUACCAGAACUGCAACAGAAACGUUUGGGGUACCCCACAGCAUUCCUGGAUCGACAAGUGGUCCUCCAGGUCCUCUCUGAACGCUUACCGGAUCCAUCCAGGGUACUCGUCAACAAACGGAUCGUAUCCGUGGAACAUUCCGAAGAAGGAGCGGUAGUUCAUUGCAAGGACGGCUCACAGUUUCACGGACAUGUGAUAGUGGGCGCUGACGGUAUCAAUAGCAUGAUCCGAAAUGAGAUGUGGCGUCGCUUUGAUGAACAAGGGCUCUCACGCCGUAUCGGCCAAGACAGGACAGCUGUCACUGCAACCUACCGGUGCCUAUUUGGCAUUUCGUCACCACUACCGACGCUCGUCCCUGGUGAUGGCCAUCGUGUAUAUAACAACGAUUGGUCCUCCCUCAUUGUGGUGGGAAAACAGGGACGUUGUUAUUGGUUCAUCUUUGAGAAGAUGCAGCAGGUCUACCAUGCACCGGAUAUCCCACGCUUCUGUGAAGAAGACGUAACCGAAUUUGUCAACACCUACUUGGAUCGCACCCUUGUCGCCAGCACAGUUUUUCGGGACUAUUGGGACAGACGAGUAUCGUACGGGUUGCUUGCCCUGGAAGAGGCACAGCAUGAGCACUGGACCAUUGAUCGGCUGGCCUGUAUCGGGGAUUCGAUCCACAAGAUGACUCCACAUUCGGGACAAGGGGGAAAUAAUGCAAUCGAAAGUGCCACAGCUUUGGCAAAUGGCCUAGGUGAAUUGAAGCGGCUGUACGGCGGUGCUCCACCUCCGCUAGAGGCGAUUAGGCGCGUUCUAACAACCUAUGAGUCCUCGCGUCGCUUCCGAGCAAAUCAAAUGGUUCAAAUGGCUGGCCAUCAUACGCGGCUGGAAGCCCUAGCUACUCCGAAGGACAGGUUUCUUGCGCGACACGUCCUGUGUCGACUUGGCGAUGCCCUGGCUGAUGCGAAUUGUUAUGCUAUGGUUGGCGCGACGAGGUUUGAGAGUCUCCCUUUGCCAGCUAGGUCAUUUACUGCUACGAUGCCCUUUGAUCCCCAGGUCGGAUUGGGCCAUAGGGAGAGCAAGCUAUGGCGAAGUGUGUGUGCAAUUCCCUUAGUGGGGCUCGCACUCUACGCUUGGUCUGCAAACCUGAAUGCAAUACCCAACAUAUUUUCUGGCUCAGGACCGAUCAACCAACAACAUUUGGUUAGCUUUUUGGCUGAUCUGAGUACUACGCAACUCAUCUGGGUUAUCGAGAGCCUACGGCGUGGAAAUGCUUGGACUCUGAUGACCCUCGGACCGGUUAUCGGCGGUUUCUUAUCUCAAGGCGCCGGGAUUGGCGUGAUAGCUCCCUUAUACUACUUCAUCCACCAUAUCCAGACUCCUCAGGAGAAGUAUCUUGCUCUAGACCAGCGCAUGGUGCCUACCGAAGAUGCUAAAGUGAUUAUUCCGGCCCUCUUUCUGGGCUAUAUCGCACCCACGGUUGGGGUCCUCCUCUCAGUGGAAAGAAAUCGCCCUUUCGCCCGAACCACCUGGCAACUGUUCCCGUUCUGGGUCACCGUCCUCCGUCAUAUUUUUAAGAAAGCCGUGGGGCAGACCAGUGGACGGGAUCGCAUUGAGCAGCCCAACAAGGAUCUCCCCUAUCUCCGCUAUGCUUACAUAUUCACGGGAGGUAUUUCAGCCAUCACAGGUCUCUAUACCGUCCUACAGUCGCCACCUGUGAGCGAAUUUUCUCCCACACUAAGGGCAAUCCACACUGAGCAAAUGAUCACACUCACAUCUGCCCUAUACUGGGAGGCUCUACAAUUCUGGGAUUUGUACAAAGCGAAGAAGUUGAGUGUGCAUUGGUUUAAGGUACUUGUAGUACUUGGUGCUACAUGCGUGACAGUCGGCCCUGCAAGUACCGUUGCGUUAGGCUGGGCAUGGAGGGAACAAAUGAUGGCACUAGGGCGAUCAACACCCGAUUCAGGGGACGAGAGAGACGUGAAAUUGUAG